AUGGGCAUAUGGCAAUCAAUAGCAAAUGCAUAUGCAAUUCCAAACGGUGCAGAAGAUCGUCAACGUAUUAAUAUUCAACAAAUGCAAAAUGUUCUUCUAAUCUGGUUAGACAGCAACAUUAAUGAAACAAAUGAUGAUUGCCAAAAUACAAUCACAAAAUUACAAUGUGUUGUUAACGACAUCAAUACAUAUACAAAUAGUGAUGAAUGCCUUGAAUUUAUCCAGACAAUCACCGACAAGAAGAUAUGUAUGAUCAUAUCUGGAUCACUUGGACAACAUAUUGUUCCUCGUGUGCACAAUAUGUCUCAAGUUGAUUCAAUUUUUAUUUUUUGUGGCAAUGAAAAAUAUCAUGAACAAUGGACCAAAGAUUGGCCCAAAAUAAAGGGUGUCUUCACAGAUAUCACACCAAUCUGUGAAGCUCUCAAAUCGGCUGCUCAUCAAUGUGAGCAGAAUGCCAUUCCCAUGAGUUUUGUGGGAACAAAUAAAAAGCUGGAUCAAUUAGAUCCUUCUUUUAUGUACACCCAAAUCAUCAAAGAAAUAUUACUGACCAUCAAAUUCGAACUAAGACAUAUGCAAGAUUAUAUUAAUUACUGUUGCGAUGUUUUUUCAGAUAACAAAAAACAAAUAGAAAAUAUUAAACGAUUAGAAGAUCAAUAUCAUAAUAAAACACCCAUUUAUUGGUACACCUGUGACAUGUUCCUGUAUCCGAUGCUCAAUCGUGCAUUACGAUUGAUGGAUGGUGAUAUCAUUACAAAUAUGGGCUUCUUCAUCGGUGAUUUGCAUCGACAGAUUGAACAACUACACCAGAAACAAUAUGCUGGUACAACUGCUGCAGACACCUUCACCGUUUACCGUGGUCAAGGUUUAUCUACAAGAGAUUUUGAACAAAUGAUGAAAACCAAAGGUGGUCUUAUUUCCUUCAAUAGUUUCUUAUCUACGAGUAAAGAUCGUGAAGUUUCCUAUGCUUUUGCUGAAAGCAAUCACACCAAUCCGGAUUUAUUUGGAAUACUUUUCGUUAUGAAAGUAGAUCCAUCUCAAUCAACAUCAUCAUUUGCUUCAAUUGCUGGUAUCAGCAAAUUCCAAGGAGAAGAGGAAGUCUUAUUUUCAAUGCAUAGUGUUUUUCGUAUACAGGAUAUUAAACAGAUGGGUGGAAAUAAUCGUUUAUAUGAAGUUGAUUUGGUACUGACUGCUGACAACGAUCCAGAGUUAAGCAGACUUACUGAUUAUAUUCGACAAAACAGUUUUCCAAACUCUCAAGGAUGGUACAGAUUGGGAUCAGUGCUAUAUAAAAUGGGUCAAUUUGACAAAGCUGAAGAUAUUUAUCAAGUUUUACUUGAUCAAGCCAAAGACGAUAAAUACAGGGCACCUAUUUUUCAACAACUUGGUACGAUAAAGAAGGAUCAAGGAAAAUAUCAAGAGGCACUUACAUUCUAUAAACAAUCACUUGCUAUCUAUCAAAAAACUCUUCCUCCAAAUCAUCUUAGUUUGGCUAUUUCCUACAAUAACAUUGGUAUAGUGCAUAAAAAGAUGGGUAAUUAUUCGAAAACACUUUCGUUUUAUGAAAAAGCCCUUGAUAUUCGUCAACAAUCGCUUCCUCCAUAUCAUCCUGAUUUAGCUAUGUCCUACAACAACAUUGGUAAUGUGCAUAUAAAUAUGGGUAAUUAUCCGAAAGCACUUUCAUCUCAUGACAAAGCCCUUGAAAUUCGACAACAGUCACUUCCUCCGAAUCAUCCUGAUUUGGCUGCUUCCUACAACAACAUUGGUGCAGCGUAUGAAAACAUGGGUAGUUACUCAAAGGCCCGUACAUUUUUUGAACAUGCUAUACAAAUUAUAGAACAAUCAUUACCUUCAAAUCACCCGAGCCUUCAGAUAUAUAGAAAUAACUUCGAACGUGUAAAAAACAAAUAA